AUGCCGUCAGUCAGACACUGUCAGUUGGCAGCAGCGCUCUCCUCUCUGCUUCAGCAAGAGAUAAUUGACAUCGUUCCGCUCACACCACACCGGCAGUUCACUUGCUGCUCCACCGCCACCCCACCUCACGAACUCGUUCUUAUCGUGGAUUGCAACCUUUGGUUCCGUCAUGGUCAGAAUGCCGCUUGUCAAUCUCGGCGACCCUCGCUGCGAGUGUGUGCUAGUCUCGGAAAUCAAAUUCCCUCCAGUGUAAACUGGUUAAGUUGCUUGUUGGCUUGUUUGCUUCUUCACCUACCCGGGCACGCCCACCUUCGAUACGUGUUGCGUUCUACGUCAUCACGUAUGAACCCACAUUCAUCUCAGCAGAACUUUCUGCUUGUUCUGUACUGA